CGCCGGCCGGGUCGACGGCGAAAGCGCGGGAAGACCCGCGAGACGACGAGGCGAUGCGCGCGACCGCGAGCGGCGCCGCGGGCCUCCGCGCGACCGCGCGUCGCUUCCUCAGCGGCGCCGCCGCGUCGUCGUCGCAUCCGCCGAAGCGAUCGGCGGCGCGACCGCUCGCGCACGGCUUCCGAGGCGCGAAGAAGCCGAAGAAGCCGCACGACCCGACGAAAGUCCGCGCGGGUCUCAACGUCGAGGUGCGACCGGAGACGUACCGCGCGGAGCUGGACGUCAAGAUCGCGGACGCGCGCGCGUGCUUCGACGCGUCGCCCGAGAGGGACGACGGCGCCGGCGGCGGUAAACCUAUCGAAGCCGCGAAGAUCGCGGUGCCGCUCCCGGACGAGAUCGAGGUGUUCGAGUCCCCGAAGAAGCAUCACUUUCGCAUGCGCGCGGAGUUCAGGGUGUGGCACGCGGGGGACAAGUCGUUCAUGGCGAUGUUCGACAACGAGGACCCGAAGACGCCGGUGGAGAUCGAGACGUUCCCGAUGGGCAGCGAGCGGAUCAAUUCGCUCAUGAAGGAGGUGCUGCGCGAGAUUAAAGACGAGCCGGCGCUGCGUCGCAAGCUGUUCCAGGUGAACUUUCUCACGACGAGCGGCACGGACGACGCGCUGGUGAGCAUGCUGUAUCACCGCCCGUUGGACGCGGCAUGGGAGGCCGCCGCGGAGGAAGCGAGGCAGCGCAUGAAGGUCAGCGUCAUCGGUCGGAGCAGGAAGCAAAAGGCGCGUCUCAUCGUCCUCGGAAACCCGUUCGUGAUGGAGACCCUCACCGUGGACGGCGAGAAGUUCACGUACAAGCAGCUCGAGGGCGGCUUCACGCAGCCGAACAGCGGGACGUGCGAGAAGAUGCUCGAGUGGGCGAGGGACGUCUCCGUCGACGACGCGCGCGCGCCGGGGUCGGGGUCGGGUCCCGCCGGCGCGCGCCCGCGACGACGCGACGACGACUUCCUCGAGCUGUACUGCGGCAACGGCAACUUCACCGUCGCGCUCGCGCCGUUGUAUCUCAACGUCCUCGCGACGGAGAUGAGCAAAGUGUCCGUCGCGGCGGCGGUUGAAAACUUUGAGACGAACGGGACGACCAACGCGAAAGUCGUCAGACUCUCCGCGGAGGAGCUCGUCCUCGUCCUGGACAGCGGGAAGAAGUACGAGCGGAUGACGAACGCGGGGUUGGAUGAUCUGAGCGCGUACGAUCUGAGGACGCUCCUCGUGGACCCGCCGAGGGCGGGGAUGGGCGAGGAGGUGUCCAAGUUCGCGUCGCGGUUCGACAGGAUCAUAUACAUCUCGUGCAACCCGAAGACGCUCGCGGAGGACUGCAGGAUCUUAGCGGAAACGCACGAGAUCAAGCGGUUCGCGGUGUUCGAUCAGUUUCCGUACACGCCGCAUCUCGAGAGCGGCGCGCUGCUCGUGAAGCGGAAGUGAACGCGCGAGGGUACCGUACUGUAGUAGGCAUAGGAGUCGACUCGACGACGUCGUCAUUAUUUUGUAGCCGGAGUUUCAAACCAUUCC